AUGCCUCGACACCUUCCUCUUGGUGACACCCGCUACUCUAAGGACCAACUCCUGAAUAUAUUCCAGACCCUCAAAGAUUCCUCGGCCCUUGAUCGGAACCUCGAGGACAUCUUUCUGGGGACCUGGAAUCCUUUGAACAACCAAAACGGGGCGGGCAGUCAAGUGGCCGGCGGCGACGGGAAGGAUCAGACUGCUGGGCCAGAGGUCUGUUGGAGUUACAACAUAAACCCAGAGCCGUUUGGCUUGACAAUGAUGACAGAAGAGGAAAAAAUGCUCUUUUCCGGUUCGGUCAAUUCGCCAAUCAAACCGCAGCAAAAUACCACCAAAGAAAGCACCGGUGUAGGAGUGAUCGGCGGACGCAAGCUUUCUCUAUCAAACUACAAUAGCACGACUGGAACUUCGAGACCAGCAACGCGUCGUAGGGAGACGAGCGACUCCUUCAUGAGUAACGGCCCGAUGUCGCCUGUAGAAACGAAGACCUUUUUCCGAACCGAAUCGAACACUGCAACCCCUCCACCUGCUCUCUUACGACGUCGAACGGACUACAAGGAGGAAGAAGCCACCCCUACUACCAAAGAAGACCCUGAGCCGGACGAAACCCCCGAGCCCCAACCCUCUCUUCCGGGAUUGCGCAGAGCAGGUACCGGUCCCCUGAGUGCAGGCCUGAAUCCUCCCUCGGCGUCGCCCUGGUCAGCGGGAGCGCAAGCAUCGGCUUUUGGAUCUAUGGGUACGUUUGGCAGCUUUGCGAUAGGAGCUGCAAGCACGCCAACCGACUCUGUCGAAAAGCGGUCUGGCUUUGGUAGCGCGCGCAGUGCCAGUCGCUUCAAGGACCUCUUGUCCAAGUCGAGCUCAGAGGAUGUCUCACAACCAGGGAAAGAAAAGGGACCGUUUGGAGCACUAGAAAAGCUGCCGGAAGAGGAUGCGGAUGCCAGCCAGGCAAAAUUGCGCGACGAGCUCAAGACUCGUCCGGGUCGUAGUGAGACCAACCCAUAUGAGGACGCUCCAGUCCGGGCGGGAAGUGCAGCUUUGGGUGGCGCUCAGGAGGGGUUGCCCCCCAGCGCAGGCAUUGAACAAAUGGGCAUGUCUGCGUUUGGUCCUCAUGCAGCGAUUGGUACCCGUGAUUUCGGCCACGAGGACUCGUAUCAGCAAACGCCCCACGGACGAUACAAUCUCCACGAACCCAUGAGCCCAACGAACACCAACCCAUAUCAAAGUCCCCACGGUCGUAUUGAGGAUGAUGAGCGUGACACAAAUGACUCCGCAUCCCAAGCUUCAGGGCUCCCAGCCUUUGGUGGCGCUGCACGUCGAAACAUGUAUCCCGGCUCCGACGAUCGAAGUCAUUCAGCAAGCGGUCUUCGCAGCACCAGUGGCUUUGGUGGUCUGUCGGGCUUCGGUGGCCUCGGCGGCAAUCCUACUUGGUCCGGCGCGGGCAUUGGAUCAAGCAAACCUGCAAUGGAUCGAGGAAUUUCGUCCGCAUUUGGUGAUCCCAUAUUCAGUCCUCUGUCCGAGUUGCAGUCGCCGGGUGGCCUCGGAGGCGGUUUUGGUGGGUUUGGCUCUGGAGGCCGUGCUGCUCGGCUUGGAGCCAUGUUGCCUGCAGCAAUGCAAGAACAAAUCCGAGGCGACAGCAGGAAUGAGGCAGCCUCUUUCGACUCUCGUCCUGACAGUGCUCAGCAGCACCCUAUUCGUGAUCCUUUCGACAGCACUACUAACCGCAGACCAGAAGACUUUGGUCAUCCAUCCAGUCUCUUCGAAGAGUCUCCUUCUAUGAGGAGUGUUGAAGAGCCUCUAAAUUCCAGCCAGCCCGGUCCGUUUGGACCACCGAGCUCGGGACCUCCCACAACUUCGGUCUCGAUAUCUGGUUCAGGUUCACAAACGGCGGCACCGAGGACGGGCGGAUCGGAUAACUAUCAGUCCGGCCAUGGUCUCAGCCAAUCGAGCGGGAGCAAUUCUUCGAGUCAAUUGCCAGCUGCGCAACAGCGACAAAUGGUCAUGCCGGACCGGAUGCGGUGGAUCUAUCGUGACCCUCAAGGAAAUACUCAAGGGCCAUGGUCAGGUUUGGAGAUGCACGACUGGUUCAAAGCCGGGUUCUUUACCGCAGAGCUACAGGUGAAGAAGCUUGAAGAUGCCGAAUUUGAGCCGCUUGCUCAACUUGUGAGACGCAUAGGUAACUCUCGCGAGCCUUUCUUGGUGCCUCAGAUCGGCGUCCCUCAUGGUCCUCCUACUGCCGGACCAGGAAAUAACUGGGCGAAUCCAUCUAUGGGAGGAACUGCUGGCGUUACGGCCCAGCCACCCUUUGCUAACAGCUUCCCAAGCUUUGGCACAACUUUGACCGCUGAACAACAAAACGCUUUGGAAAGACGGAAGCAAGAAGAGCAGUACCUGAUGGCGAGACAGAAGGAACACCUAGCGCAACAACAGAUGGCUAUGAAGAUGCAAAUGCAGAAUGGUAUGCAUUCCUUACACCAUCAUUCAAGUGCCCACUCUCUACAAAGCCAACCCAGCUUCGGAAGCAUUACUUCGCCCACCGGUUAUCAACCCUCACCAAUCCAACCGUUGAUGCAACCUCCCCAGCAAAGUCUACCUUUCGCUCAUCACGCUGGGCCUGCUGCGGGACCAACCUUCAGCCGCGAAGAGGAUAUUCAUAACAUGAUGGACCGUUUGAGCUUCAAUCAACGCGCAAAUAUCCCUUUUACAAGUGCUCCCUUGGGCCCUCCACCGCCAGAAGUUGUCCCUUCCUCCCAACAAGUCAAUGCCAUGCUUCAAGAUAGAGCACGGCUGCAGCAGCAGCAGCAGCAGCAAAACGAUAUGCGUGGUCAUCAGGACGCUUUUUUAGGCCCACAGGGCCGCAACGAGCGGCUGGACGAGUUUCACAGACUGCGUGGACAAAUAGACAUACCAGCUGGUCGUCUCGGCCCUGAAGAAUCUCGCCCUCAACCCAUUGGUGCACCUCGCCAAGUUGGUGAGCAACCUGCCACGUCGGCGCCACCAAAGGUUCCAGCUCCAAUUGGACACGCAGCUGUUACUGCUAAGCCGGAGCCGGAGCCCCUUUCUCUAGCCCAACAAGUACAAAUUGCAGCAGCCAGUCAACAAGCAGCUGCCGAAGAAAGUGCAUGGGCAAAGAAGGACGCUCCAGUUGAACCCCCGCCCGUCUCGAUUUCACCUUUGCCCGCUCCAGCCGCCCAGCGAAAUAGGCAACACGUUGCUGACGCGCUAGCCGCGGAGUCCAGAUCGGCAACCCAAACACCCAUCGAGACUCCUGUCGUCUCCGUUGCACCGUGGGCCGAGCGGACCGCUGAACAUGCCAAGGGUCCGUCUUUGAAGGAAAUCCAAGAAGCUGAGGCCAGGCGGGCUGCAGAACAAGAAGAAAUUGCAGCUGCCGCACGACGUGCGCAGGCAGAGCAGGAGAGGUUGGCUCAAGCUCAGGCACCAGCCCCUGCCCCUGGUCUUCCAUCAACUUCAACGUGGGGUAGCUCUACAUCGCCUGCGACACCUGGCUCUCAAGCCGCUUCUGUGUGGGCGAAGCAAACUCCCACAAAAGUAGGUGUCGGAGUGAAUGCAGUUCCUAAGAAGACGCUUGCCCAGAUCCAGAAAGAGGAAGAGUCUCGUAAACACCGCGCUGCCGCCGCCGCCAACGCAACCACAGCUGCUGCGAGUGCACAAAACACUAGCAAUUCGGUUACUGCUUCAGUUGGCAAGAGAUAUGCUGAACUGGCUGGCAAAGCUGCCCCAGCUAAUCCUAUUCCAUCGGGCGGCGUCUGGACGACUGUAGGCUCAGGCGGUAAGGCCAAGGCCCCGCCCGCUGUUGUCGCAACCCCCCAGCCAGUAUCCCGAACAGUGUCUGCCGGUAGCGCACCGAAGGCACGACCAACUCUGCAAACCCCUCGAAGCACCACGCUCACCAACCAGAGCAAAGCCAACGAAGAAUUUACCAAGUGGAUCAAAGGGUCGCUCGGGAAAGGGCUAAACAGCGGUAUCAAUCUCGAUAAUUUCGUGCAAGACCUGCUGCAGCUCCCACCCGAUGUUGAAAUCAUAUCAGAUAGUGUCUAUGCGAGUUCACAGACCCUUGAUGGACGUCGCUUUGCCGAGGAGUUUGUACGCCGCCGGAAGCUCGCCGACAAGGGCAUCGUUGAGCCUGCCACGGGAGUUCAACCAAUGAUGGGUAUCGGCGGAGGCGCGGAUACUAAGAGUGCGAGCGCUGCGGGAGGCGGUUGGAGCGAGGUCGCUAAGAAGGGCCCCGCGAGCGUCAGUGCUGCGAAGGAGGAGAGCAAUUCACAGUUCAAGGUUGUUGCGACGAAGAAGAAGGGGAAGAGAUGA